AUGCCUAGAUUCUUGGCUAAUUUGGCAACAAAACUCAAUUUUCCAAAACCAAAUUCGUUAAAAUUUGCAAGUCCUAUACAUUCCAUUACUCGAAAGGAGUUCGAGUUCGAGCGAGGCCCCACCACCACCAGUCCAAACCAACAACCCCCGGUCAGAACCGGCGGUGGUGGUGGCUACUUUGACGGUCUGAGCCGGAGAUUCUCCGGCACAGACCGUCCGAUUGAACCGCUUCGGUUCAAUCGGGACACUCGGCCGUUCACUCGCGACAUGAACUUUGUCCGAGGAAUAAUGAAAGACAAUCCUUCAUCCGGAAGCGAGCAAAACGCGGAUAUAGUCCACAUCAAACUAAUGAGAAACAACACGUUUGUGACUGUAACGGAUUCAAAGGGGAAUAAGAAAAUGGGGGCAUCGGCGGGAUGUUUGGCGGAAAUGAAAGGUGGGCCCAAGGUGUCAAAAUAUGCGGCUGAAGCAACAGCUGAACAUGUGGGACGUGUGGCCAAAAGUAUGGGAUUGAAGUCGGUUGUUGUGAAGGUUAAUGGGUUUACUUUUUUUAAAAGGAAAAAGUUGGCGAUUUUGGGGUUUAGAGAUGGAUAUACGCAUUCCAGAUCAGAUAGGAAUCCGAUUGUGUAUAUUGAGGAUACCACUAGGAAGCCACAUAACGGGUGUCGACUCAGGAAACAGCGACGUGUGUGA